CUUUCAUGCACUCAGAGCCCAUGGGUUUCCACAAAAUCCUCAAUAAGCACGUAUACUUUAACAAAAUGGCUGCCCCCGUUGCGAAACUCGCGAGUCACUGUACCAGUACCAAGCUGUUAUGGAGACUACCAUACCAAACAGCGAGAUUGUCACCAAUGACAAGUGGAAAUGCGACACAAAAACAGCUGGAUUUCAGGCUAGCCCAGGCAAGGACUUACUCUCAGCAACCUCAAAGGAAGAGCUUUUUUGGACAGAUUAUUGAUAAUAUCAAACUGGACAUUGCAAAGAACAAGGAAAUGAAGGACAACAUCAAGAAGUUUCGAGAAGAAGCAGAUAAGCUUGAGAAGUCUGAGGCUCUACAGCAAGCGAGGAAGAAAUAUGAAAAUUUAGAAACGGAGACUUCCAGAGGAUCUGAGGCAAUCAAACGAACAAUGACUGACAUCAAAGAAAAAGUUCAAAAGGGUGUUGAGGAUGUCCAGAAACAAGAAUGGGCCAAGAAGGCAGGGACCAUGACAGAGGAUUUCACCAAGACGGCAAAGGGUGCUGCUGAGAAGGUCAGCAAGCAAGGGGAAGAGCUUACCAAGACAGCUGCUUAUAAGACCAUCUCAGAGAGUGUAAAAGCAGUCAAACAUGAGAUUGAUGAGAGUACCACAUCCAAGGCCAGGCCAUACAGAGCCCCUGAGAAACUACGCAAGAGAACUGACAAUUUACCAGAAGGACAAGAGGCGCGGAGCUUUGAAGCAAAUGAGGAUGAUACGGGUAUGGUUCUACACAAAGACUCUAGGUGGUAUAAACAAUGGAAUGACUUCAAAGAAAACAACCAGGUCUUCAAUAAAGUGUUUGACUUAAAAAUGAAAUAUGAUGAAAGUGACAAUGUGAUGGUAAGGGCUUCCAGGCUACUCACAGAUAGGGUCAGCCAACUGCUUGGUGGAGUUUUCUCACCCACAGAGAUGUCUGAGGUACUGACAGAGAUUCUCAAGGCUGACCCCAAUUUUUCGAAGCAGGAAUUUCUGAAUUUUUGCGAGUAUGAAAUUAUACCAAACGUUCUAGAGGCAAUGAUCCGAGGUGACUUAGAAGUACUCAAAGAUUGGUGCUAUGAAGCUCCAUACAGUCAGCUUGCUACACCGCUUAAACAAGCCAAAGCGAUGGGGUAUAUAUUUGAUAACAAGAUAUUGGAUAUUGAUAACUUAGAUCUUUCUAUGGGUAAGAUGAUGGACCAGGGUCCGGUCCUAGUCAUCAGUUUCACUGCACAGCAGAUCAUGGUUGUUCGUAAUGCUAAACAUGAACUCGUAGAAGGUGAUCCGGAUAAAGUUUUGAGAAUAACCUACGUCUGGGUGCUGUGUAGAGACCAAGAGAUACUGGAUCCAACUGCUGCAUGGAGACUACUAGAUCUCUCAGCCAACACUGCGCAACAAUGGGUCUAAUGAUAGCAGGCUUGUUGCAAGACAAGCAGAACUAAGUGUUGAGAAUUAGGUUAUGCCUGAAGGCCAAAAAGAUACUGGAUUCAACUGCUGCAUGGAGACUACUAAGCUCUCUCGGCAAAAUAGUGGUCAGUGAUGGGUUGGAGCAACCUUGUUCCCAUUGGUGAACGAUCUUGCCACAUCAUUUUCUUUACCAGAAAACCUUGCUCGAUCGUAACCCCUGGAAGUGUGACUUUAGAGUAUCCAAAUUUAUUGGAUAUUUUAAAAUAAAUAGACACUGUCAAAAGACGCAUCAAGUCAUACAGCAACUGGACCUUUCUCAUUCUUUUUUGAUCCUGUGAUACGUCUUACUGUAAUGAGUUUAGGGUGACCACAUAAAAACACGAUUCAUUUGAAAUGUAUUGCAUCGAAAUAUGUGCUUUUUAAAAUGCCUGUGCUAUGCGCCUGAAAAGCAUCUUUACACAUGCUGGAAAGUUUUCAACAAGCAUGCUUGCAGAGGAGUCUUUCUUGGUAAGCGUUGAUUUGCAGUGCUUCCCUCCCAGAGGUUAGUGGUGAGAGGUAUCGAUACAGUGAGCUACCAAGGGUAGAGAGGCUGGGGUUGGAGAGGUGUAAGCCUUCACCAUUCCGCUCCUAUCUUAUCCCAGCCAAGGAAGAUAUCCUGACAGUCAGACAGAUCUAUGUACUAUCCAUACAUCAAGAUUUAACUGCAGAAUUAGAGACUAAUAGAUCUUUUGGCCGAAAGCUUUGUGGAUUUUCCCAUUGUUGAGGGAGGGGUGGGGGCUGCCAUUAUUCAUUUGUUGAACCAUAACAGUAUAACUGGAAGUGUGGAUGAUGGAGAUAAAGCUGUAGCUUGAUAAAAGUCUAUACAAAAAGAAGCUUUAAGAAAUUAACAUGUAUACAGUUUUGUCAGACAUUUCUCCCGAGAAAUAUUUUAUCCACAAACUUUGUCAACAGCAUUUUCUGAAACUUUCUUGUCAAAAACACUAAAGUGCAGCAUAUUUUGAGAUUUCUUAUGAAAACUACACAAUUUGGGUGAAUAUUGAACCGUUCCAGUUACAGAAUUUUAAACCUUGUAUUCCAGACAGUUUGAAAGUCCUGCUUAUAUUAUUUACAUUUAGAAAUAUAUAGAUUUUUAUCAUUUUCACAAGUUUAUUUUGUUUUUUAUUAGGUGAUGAGAUAAUGCUUCAAUUGAUGCCAUUGUCCUUAUCCAAGGAACAGAAUCAGUAAUGAUGAAUAAUUUUAAACAAUAAAUGAUGGUUUUAUUUAUGGAAUCUCACGGCAAAAGUGAUGAAUACAGCAGCCUGUUAUGUUUCAAUAGUAACUUAAUGCCAACAACUCUACUGGCUGCACAGAGUCAAUAAGAAAUGAAUUAACAAAUAUUCCCAAGCAAUAUGUACACAAGAAGAUCAACCAAAACAUUAUUGUCAUCAUCAAAAUGCAUUAAACAAAUACUCCCUGCUGACAGAGACUAGUCUUUUGACAAAACAAAUCCACACAUAUGAAUACAGUUUGAGACGGGCAUUUGUUUAAAGGGCUAUAUUUAUUCAUGAUUAAGGUAACUUUUUUAUGAUAAUAACUAACAAUGACCACGGGUUAUACAUUCAUAUUUGUGAUCUUCCUUCAAAUUUAAAUCAAAAUCAUAACGUGAUCUUUGAGUAAAAUUUUCAGGAUUGUAUGUAUUUGUACAAACAGCGAUAAAAUAAACUUGAUUUAUGUUGUACAGAAUAAGCUGUAAUGACUAUUAUUCAUUAUUUUAAUUCAAAUAAUAUAUGUUUAUAAGUUUGUUUACAGCGAUCAGCAGCACUGACAGAGUAUUCAUGGUUUUUUUUUAGCUAAAAGGCGCUGGACACUAAUGCUAAUUACUCAUUGGUAAUGCAACACAGGUGUUUUUUCUUUCAUUACUGUCGAGCAACUUCGACGACCAAUUGAGCUCUUUGGCAAUUACCAAUAAGGUCCAGUGUCUUUGAGAAAGCUAUGUUAAAACGCUGGCAUUUCUACUUUUUGGUGACCCAUUUCACAUCAAAGUAUGGAUUUUGUCCUUUAUAUGUGAAACAAAAGAACCAGCAGAUUUUUUUCAUUGGGCUGACUUAAAUCUGAAUUGAGAUAAGUCUUAAAGCCAUUAUACCUUUCGGUAAACAGUGUUGUCCAAGUCCCACACUUUGUGUAUCACAACUUAUAUCUAA